CGUUUUGGGUUUGAUUUUUAGGUUUUAGGUUUUGGAUGACUGAUUCGGGUAAAACUAUAAUCCUAUCAGAAAGUCCACCUAAAAACCAAGCGAGCCCUCGAAGAAUCAAGAAAAAAAAAUCAAUUGAAAAUUCAUUCAAAGAUCGCCUACUUCUUGGCGGGGGAGGAAGUAUGCAACCAACGACUAAAAUGACACCCAUCGAAAAAAUUCCAACCAUCGCAAAAAUUACCGGAACAAAAGAGGUCAAAAUUUCUCGGAAAUUUCAAUGAAAUAAAUACCUAUCCAGAAAACACCAAAUACAAACACAUCUAUCCGAAAAAGCAUCAAGGAUUAGGCCCAAAAGCUAUUGUCUUACCUGAGCAAGCCCAAUAACCACCCUAAAUCUACAUAGUUUGGGGCUUAUCGGACUUAUCGAAACACUAUAUCCAAAACCCUGAAAAACAACUCAAUUUUUUUCCCAAAGGCCUAAAAACAGCCGUCUCUCGGUAUUUUACCAGAUAUGCAAAAAAUAAAGAAGUAUUCAUGAAGUACUACAGCAACUACCCGGAGUUCCAAAUAACAGAAAUAAGAGAAUCAGGAGUUAGAUGUCCAUCAUCGAAGAUAAUUAUUAUAGGAGUAAGCAAUGGGCAGUAUCCAACAAAGGACGACCCAACAAACAUUGAAUAUAGUAACGAAGACAGGAUUCAAGUAGAUGCCGAGUUAACAAUCGGAAUGCUCAGAAAAAUCCUUUAUCUAAGCAACAACCAUCGUCUUAAUUACAAAAGUGAUUCAAUGUUACUACUCACUAGAGCAACUGAAAAAACAACGAUUAAAGAACAAACAAGCCCAUUCGUUUUCAGAAUAUGGGAAAAUACUUUCAUCAAAUGUUCAAAAUAUCAUGUUUGAGCUACUUAGAAAAUCACAGUUCGAAGUUAAACUUGGAGAACCACACACAUGCGCAAUCUGCGGAACCAAAGAUGAAAGACCGGAGGAUGAAGUAAUUGAAGAAGAAGACAUGACUGGGGAACCAAUAAUUGAAGACACAAUCAACAAAAUGUAGACGUCCGACAAUAAUCACGUGGAAAAAUGUAAACCUAAUACAGCUACAUACAUAAAUAAAGUGGAAAAAAUAAGAUUCCACACGAAAUCUUUGUAAGAGUGGAGAAUAAUGAGCUACACGUCUAUCUUUAUUCUGUAAAAUAGUCAUGUCCUUAUCUAAUAUGUAGUAUAAAUAGGUGUGUGAACCUCGCUUGUAAAGAGUGAAGUGAAAAAAAAAAUCGAACAAGUUUCGUUUUAAAGAGUUGAGAAAACUUUUCUCUGAAAAGCUUUAACUGUUGAAGGCCUAAACCUUCUGAAUAGCAGUUUUUCACUUUAAAAACUCAUAAAAAAAUUAAAAACACCCGAGAAUCAAAGAAGUUCAAUCAAAUUCAGGCGACCAUUACAACCAACAAAAAUCCAACUCUAGCUCAUUCCAGGUAUGUCUGAUAACGAAGAAACUCAGAACAUAGUACAAAAUCACUUAUUAGAUUAUAUUAGUAGCAUCAAUACAAAUAAUUUCUUUGAAAAAGAUAUAUUAAUCCAAGGAUCAAAAAUCCAAAACCUUGAAAAGGAAGAAAAAAUUACAUUAAAAAUGAUCAAGGUGUACAUAGAAAUAGAUUGUCAAAAAUAUUUAUAAGAAAAAAUAUAUUAUACAUCAGAAAAUUCAUACGAGAAUUUCCCUUACCAAUUGAAUCGACUUGCGGUGAAUUCACAUUACCAGUAAUUUUGUCUGAAGCCAUAAACGAAAAGAUAAGUAAAAUAAAAUUGAGUCAUCAAGAAAACAUAUCUCAUAUACACAUUGAAACAAUUCAAAUAAUAGUAAGGUCAACAUUUAAAAGGAAUAUUGAUUCCCCAAUUAGAUUAGUAGUAACUAACAAUAGAAUUCAGGACGAAAACGAUAAAAUAAUCAGAAUAGUAUAUAGCAAUUUAAAACACUCAGUUGUUAAAUUUAACGUAGUUUGUCCCAUUAACAACAAAAAAACCUUAACAAUUCAAUCGGAAUUAUCUACGAUUUCCAAAGACAUGAUCUUAUGGAAGACGAAGAUCAUCCGCUAUCAAUUAUGUAUGCUGUUGGAUACGCCUUAUCCUCAUCUGCACAUAGUAUCGAAUUUGCAAACAAGAAUGAUAGAUAUCUUGAAAACUUGUUUAAAGAAAUAUACCAAAGAAAAAUAUAAGCGAUCAAAUGAAUAGUACAUAUACUCCACAAUUAAAUUUUUUGAGCCUAGCUGUAAUGGAUUAAGAAUAGCUAGAAACAGAACCUACAACGAAAGAAGAAAAUCAAUUAGUAGUUUAUAUGAUUUACAACAAAUUAAUCAUAAACUAAAUAAAUUAGAUCGAUCUAUAACAACAUUAGAUAAUAAACUAUGAAAAAAAUCAGAGUCAGAAUUGUAAAAAAAAAUUGAUGAAAAAUUGUAAGAAAAAAUUGGCAUCAGAGUCAUCAAACCCCAAUAAAGAUAGUAAUAAAAUUAAAAAACUAAUGAACAGAAAGGAGAGCAUAUAAAAUUAUUAUGUGCAGUUAUAAAUAAGAAUAAAUGACGAGCAUUAGAAUACUCAUAGGAGGAAGAAAAGCUAAUAAAAAAAUUGAAGAAAUCAAAAUAAUAGAAAAACUGAUAAAUUUAUAAAAAUGGAUGAAUUUAUAGAUCAAACUAUUGAAUAUCACCCCGAGUUAUACUCUAUACCAGAAAUACUCUAUAAGGAAAAAAUUAUACCAUUAGAAAGAAAUCUGAUGGAAAACACUGAAUAUACGAUGGGAGCAAAUGUAAGAGAAGAUCAUAAAAUUUGUCAUUCGUUGAGAAUAAUAUGUGGAAUACUAAACAACCAAACCGAAAUAAUUAGUAACAUAUCAAUAAACCAAAUUAAAUAAACAAAAUAGUGCAAGAAAAACUAGAUAAAAUUAUAGAGUGAACUAAACCUGUUGAAGAAAUACAUAAAAAUAUUUCUGAAAUAAAAAAUAAUAUAGAAAUACUAUAUGAACUUGACAAAUUACAAGAAUUGGAUGACGUAUUAAUAACAGUAAAAAAACCUAACAGAAACCAUUAAUAAAUCAACUGAAAAAUUAUGACGGAAACAGUUGGAGAUCAAAUAAAAAUAAUACUAGAAAAAAUACAAAAAGAAAAUCAAGAUAACGAUUUAGAACGACUAAAACAACAGAGAAGAGCUUGAAGAAAAGAUAAAAAAAUUACAAACAGUUAAAUAAUAAGCAAUUAGAAGAAAUAAAAAGAUUAAACGAGAAAAUAUAAUAAUUAGAAAAUAACAAGUGUAUAACGAUAGAAGACUUAGAAAAUCAUUUUUGAAAAAGUAUAAAAGGGUUUAACGAUGGGCAACUGACAAAUAUAAUUAGAGUAAGAAGAUUAAAAAAAAAAACAAUGGCAAGAAAAUCAUUGGAUUUCAUGGGUUUGCUAAGAAGAAUCUCAACUCUCUUGGAGCAUAUUUCAUUAGGAUGCCAUCAACCAAAUCAGCAAUGCAAGGUGGUCAAACUACAGGUGUAAGUUAUGACGAUGGCGGCGACUAUGAUGGUGUAAGAAAAGUUUAUGUUACAACGGAGGGCACUGCGACUAGGCAUAUUAAGUUCGAUUACGACAAAGCUGGCAAUGAGCAAAAUCGUGAGCGAGGGUGAAGAUCGGAACACAACAUGAGGUUUAACAUUUGUUUUUUUUUUGCUAAAAAGUUUACGAUCAAUCAUCCACAUGAAUAUAUCACAUCAGUGGAGCGCUGUUACACAACCAUACAACUGUAUUGUCCUUACGUCAUUGACUUUCAAAACAUCAAAAGGGAGAACCUCUUCAACGAUUGGACCAGUGACUGGUACCAAGUUCGUGCUGAAGAGCUAAGGAAAUGCUACUGUUGGGUUCCAUGGACGGGUGGGUUCAUGUGUUGAUAGCAUUGGUGCAUAUUUCUCUCAGUUGCUUCCUUCUCAAGAAACAGGUACUCAUGCUUUAAUAGAGUUGAUGGAAAUGAUCUGGCCUAUACACGUAAGAUUAGUCAAAAUGAGUCAUUACAACUCUUUAAAGAAUACUUGAAAAAUAACUGGAAGUGAGCAGCUUUGUUGCCUGUCAUAAGCUUCGUCAUUAUCAACUUUUUGACAAAUUAAAAAAAAUAAAAAAUUCCUGACUUCACCGUUAAAGAACACAAACGAGUAUUUUGCGUACGUACCAUUGUUUUUUUCUUAUAUCAUCCAAGAACCCGCGAGGAAGCAUUGUUGAACCCAGCGAAGAGAAAGCGACAAAGACAAGAGGAGACAUAUUUUAUCUUCGUAUGGGUUUUUCUUGUAAAGAUUAGAUUUUGUUUUUGAAGGGAUCCUUUUCAAUUUGUAUCUUUUAGUGUCUAUAAAGAUCCAGACGUUUCCUCGUCUAUUUCCUGCAGAUAACCUAAGAAAAUUGUGACAACCCACUUGAGGUCGGUGCCCUGCAGGACUGUGAGCCGGAUUCCGAGUGAGCGGGAUGGGUUGUCACAUAAAAAGUCGUGACUAAUCGUCGGAUAAUUCAACAACAACCCGUCACGCGCAAAGAAAUACUUUGACUUGAUGAGAAUAAAGAGGAAUGGUGGAGUUUAUUAUACAGAAGAAGGAAAAUGAGGUAGGUUUUCUAAACUUCCAAUGUGGGACAAAAUAAAAUAAAAAGAGGAUUUUGGGUUUUAAUUAAAAAAACAAAUGAGCUUUCCCACAUUGGAUCACGGUCGUUACAAAAAUAUUAUUAUUUGAAAGAGAAAAAGAGAGAGAUUGAGAAGAUGUUGGAAGGAAAAGCAAUGGUGGAAGGUUCAGAUAUGCCAGUUAAGAUGCAAGUUCAAGCAAUGGCUUUUGCCUCUCAAACUCUUGAUCUAUUUGAUGUCAUUUACUGUAAAUACAUAGCUGGCCACAUCAAGAACGAGUUUGAUGAGAGCUAUGGGAGUGGAUGGCAAUGUGUGGUGGGAUCAAAUUUUGGGUGUUUCUUCACACAUUCUAAAGGGACAUUCAUCUAUUUUCAAUGGGAGACACUUAAGUUCCUAAUCUUCAAAGGCGCUUCUACUCCUUAA